AUGCCUCCGAAACGCUCUGCUUCGAACACGUCCUCUAGCGGCUCUAAGAAAGCCAAAGUGGACAGCGACGCAAGAUCGGACGGCCCCCGCACAAUGAAGAGCACGCGCUGGUCGCGCAUCUCCGGAUCUGGCAAUGCUGACGCUGCAUAUAAGUCCUCCAUCGAGGAUCCCGUGAAGGCAUAUUCCUAUGUAUGCAUCUGUCGGCUGCCGUUCGACGAUGGAGACGACCGAAAAGAUGAAAGCGAUUGGGAAGACGAAGAAGACCGCGAAAAUGAAGAUGACAGGGAAGAUGAAACGUCGAAAACCUCCUGCGACGCGGGAAAGACAUGCCUGUGCAACAAGCCCGCAGCAGAGCACCCCAAUCAUCCUCUAAUUUUGAGCAACGCGGGCAAGAGCAAGUGGUUCACUCAGCAUACUUUUCUGGACCUUCGCUGCCCAGACGCCUUCAACAUGUAUACCUUCAACGACCAUGAGGGCUAUGGCGCGCUCGAGGUCGUGCAAAACCUAUUCAUUGACUAUGUCGAGGCCUUCUUUGAUUGGGAAGAGCAGUGGGCAAUUUGCGAGGCUACAGCAAUGCUAUACAUGAGCGACGCUUUAGCCCCGUUGAACUUCAUCGACGACUCCGCCGCCGUCUACGCCACCCUUGUAUUGGCUGGCCGCACGUUCCUUGCGAUGCUCGCGAAGCUUGAGCACCUUAACCUCCUGAAGCCAGAUUCUGAGGUUAAAAAUCUCGGAUUCAUAAUGGCUCUCUACAUUAAGCUUGCUGCCACUGAGGACAUCCUUGACCUCGAGGAUGUCACAGACGAGAUUAAGAAAAAUGAUGGAACAGACGAGACCUUCACCUUUAUUCGGUCGGAUUUCCCCUCCCACAUCCUCGCCUACGCCAAGAAACACAACAUUAAGCUUGUCGGGCCCACAGGCAUUGAUGAGGUCAUCGAGGACCUGGAUGACGGAGCUGAACUGCCCGAGCGUGACGAGAAGCCUUUCGGUGACCCCUGGAACUUGGGUGGCGCUACCAAAGAGUACGUCGACCGUCACGGCUGCUACCAUGACGGCCGAAAAGGGUUCAAGACUCGGAUUGGCGGCGACGCCCUGGACAUCACCACCUGGAGUUCAGCAGACCGCAAGAAGGCGAGCUUUGACGGUAAGGACCCCCUCGGUAAGGAAGAACGUGACGCCAUUAAGAAGGGGUUGGUCAUGUCUCUGGCUUAG